AUGAAUAACAGGGAUGUACAUGUUGACCAAGAUUUCAUCGACAAAUUACUUGAAGCAUUCUGUAAUGUAGAUAAUCUGAAAAGUACCUAUUACAACAGCCAGAAAGCUUCUGUUCCUUUAAAGCAAUGCGACAAGCAUAUCCUCUACCUUUUGCUCCAGCAGAGUUAUCGCAUCAAGAGCCAAGCGUGUGAAUCAGACAAACCUUUAGACUGUACUGUUAUAGAAAGGCUUGAUGAUAUUAUCGCUUUAUCGAGGGAAAAAUUCUAUGCAUACCCAUACAAGGAUGUUCCAGCUCACUGGCGACUCGUAUAUUGGGAGGCAAGUUUGCUGAAAGUGGCCGCACUCGUGUUGGGAGAGCUCGGAGCAAACGUUCCUCAUAUAUUGAGCCCCUCCUGUAUUGAUAGUAUCGUCAAUACUAUUGAUAUGGCAAUUAUUAUGGCUGGGAAUCAACUUCCUGUCCAUAUCCAAAAAGGUAUCGACAUGGUUAUGGAGUCAUUUUCAACGAUAGAUCGUCCAUCAGUUAUAUCACGUACGACAAGCAGAGACAAACGACAGAGAAUAGAUGUUACUAGAGAUUGGAGUGAUCACUUUCCUGAAAAUACUAAACAGUUACCUCAAAUCACUCAUCCCGAUCUAGGUGCGGAACCCUUGAUAAUUUCUGGAUCUUUAGAACAUUGGCCUGCACGGAACAGUCGCCCAUGGAGCAGUCCAUCUUAUCUUAUGGCUCAGACUAUAGGUGGUAGAAGACUCGUUCCUAUAGAGCUCGGUCGUAGUUAUGUCGAUGAAGGUUGGGGUCAAAAAAUAAUUCCAUUUAAGCAAUUUCUUGACACCUUUAUAAUUCGAGAUUCGAAAACUGACGAAGUGUCAACUGGCUAUCUUGCUCAACACGAUCUUUUUUCGCAAAUUCCAAAUCUUCGUCAUGACAUUGCAAUUCCCGAUUAUUGCUUCGCCUCUGUCCCAUCUCCGCAUAAAUCAUGCCCUCUUCUCAAUAAAUACCUAGAAACACCAAAAUUAAACGAACCACUUCUCAAUGCGUGGUUUGGACCUGCUGGAACAAUCACGCCGCUACAUACAGAUCCAUAUCAUAAUAUUCUUGCUCAAGUAGUUGGAAAAAAAUAUGUAAGAUUGUAUGCACCGCGAGAAAGUUCAAAUAUUUAUGCGAGGGGUUUCGAAAUGGGUGGAAUUGACAUGGGAAAUACAAGCAUCGUUGAUGUUGGUAAAUUUAUUGGAUUGGAUGGAACUACAAGUGAGCAGGAGGAAGCUCGAAAGGAUUUCCCACUAUUUGAGAACGCCCAAUUCGUUGACUGCAUUUUGGAAGAAGGUGACUGCCUCUAUAUUCCAGUGGGAUGGUGGCACUACGUAAGAAGUUUGAGCAUAAGUUUUAGUGUAAGUUUUUGGUUCAACUGA